AUGGCGCUUGGUACGCCAGCGGUACCAGUGCAGCACGGCUUGGAGAGUGAGAAGGCCAAUGGUGUCGGAGCAGAACAUAAGCAGAUCUUCGAAAACGUCCAUGAAGCAGCAGAGCGAGGCCAUGUCGCCACUGAUCAAUACGGCCAUGCGCUCGUGGACUUCGAUCCAAAGGCAGAGGCAAGACUGAGGCGCAAGAUCGACUUGUACAUUGUCCCCACCGUCGCCCUCCUCUAUCUCUUCUGCUUCAUCGACCGCGCCAACAUCGGAAACGCCAGACUGGCCGGCCUCGAGAAGGAUCUGAAGCUCACCGGCUACGACUACAACGCCGUUCUAUCAGUCUUCUACAUCAGCUACAUCAUCUUCGAGAUUCCAUGCAACGUCCUUUGCAAGUACGUUGGACCAGGCUGGUUCAUCCCGGCCACUUCUCUAGGCUUCGGCGUCAUGUCUGUGGCAUGCGGCUUCGUCAACAACAUGGCUCAAGUUAGUGGAGUGCGUUUCCUGCUAGGACUCUUCGAAGCUGGUAUGCUUCCAGGUAUUGCUUACUACAUGAGCCGUUGGUACCGACGCAGCGAGCUGGCCUUCCGCCUGUCGUUGUACAUCGUUAUGGCACCUCUGGCUGGUGCUUUCGGUGGUCUUCUCGCGUCUGGCAUCUUGAAGCUACCACAUUUUGGCAGCUUGCACAGCUGGCGCAUGAUCUUCGGCAUCGAGGGCAUCAUCACAAUCGGCAUCUCACUCAUUGCCUUCAUCACACUCACAGACCGACCGGAGACUGCUCGAUGGCUGUCGGCUGAAGAGAAGGAGUUGGCCAUUGCUCGCAUCAAGUCCGAGCGAGUUGGCACCACUGCUGUCCUCGACAAGAUUGACAUGAAGAAGCUGCUCUCUGGCAUUUUCAAUCCCGUCACGCUGUCGACCUCUUUCGUCUUCUUGCUGGACAACGUCACUGUCCAAGGCCUGGCAUUCUUUGCGCCAACCAUCGUCAGGACCAUCUACCCGAAUCAAACUGUGGUUGGCCAACAACUGCGCACUGUGCCACCCUACGUCGUCGGUGCCGUUGCGACUCUGGUCAUCCCGUACCUCAGCACCAAAACCGACCGCCGCUCAAUCUACUUUGUUGCCUCUGCACCAUUGAUGAUGAUUGGCUACAUCAUGUUCCUUGCGACUGAAGUCACAGACACACAAGCGCGGUACGGUGCAACCUUCAUCAUCGCAGUCGGCGCCUUCUCAUACGGUGCGCUUUGCAAUGCGCAAGUUUCGGCGAAUGUGGUCUCGGAUACAGCAAGAUCUUCAGCGAUCGGCACAAACGUUAUGCUGGGCAACAUUGGAGGGCUGAUCUCCACAUGGUCAUUCCUGCCAACUGAUGCACCAAAUUUUCCGAUUGGCAAUGGCCUGAAUCUUGCGACGUCGAGCACGAUCUUGCUUCUUUCAAUUGCGUUAUUGUUCUGGAUGAAGUUCGAUAACAAGAAGCGCCACAGCAGAGAUGUCGAUGCAGAGCUUGCUGGGCUGGAGCAGAAGCAGAUUGAGGAUCUUGACUGGAAGCAUCCGGCUUUCAGAUGGAGACCAUAA